CCUAGAAGCAGUGCUUAUGGGAGCUCCCGAGACCAGUGUGAGCACUGCUGGUCUCCAGUCGCCUUCCCAGCACUGCAAGUGGAAGACGCGUGGAGGAGGAAGAGGAGGGGGAGUAUCCGUCCCCAUGCCCUAGGCAGGAGAAAGGAAAAACGGGAGAGGAAAGGGGAGAAAGAAGGAGAGAAAGUGAGAAGGAGCAUGUUAGAGAUGCAGAGUGUGAUAAUAAAGGGACGAGAGAGAGACAAGAGAAGAUGAGGCCAGGAGAGAAAAAUAUAAAAAAAAAAGCCAGGAGUAGAAAAAAAGAGAGCGAAAGCAGGGUGGCACAGGGAGAAGAGCAAAUUAGUGAGCGAAUAGGAGACGAAGAGAGAGAGUGAGCGAGAGCGAGCGAGAGGGAGGGAGGCGAACAACACUGCAGACACUCGCCCACUGUCACUGCUCCACAGCCAGAGGACAGAGGCAGCAACGGCAACAGUGGAAGCGGAUACGAUGGAGGAGGAAGACUGAACCAUCCAUCAGUAGCUCAGUCCCCGUCACUAAAAGCCUUCCUCUGGGACCAUCCUGCCAAGUUGGGAGCAAAACAAAAAAGGAGAAAACUAGUCUCUCUGUCCUUCACAAGACCAAGUACUGGACCUUAACUCCUGCAAGACUGAUAACACACACCACACACACACCUCAUUAUUUUUAUCCCUCGCUUACACUCACAUACACUUACUCACACCCUCACUCUCUCAAACUGAAGCACACUCCGCUUCUUGUUGCCUUUUGGACUAGUGUGUAUUUUUUUUUUGUGUGUGUGUGUUUUUUUUUCUACACUGCCUUCGCUGACCUGAGCUGAGUGGAUUUACUUUUAUCCUGUGGCGGACCAUGGGGCUAGGGUGGAGGGGUGCAGCAGGGACCCUCCGAAUAAGGACAGAGGGGAGCUGGUACCUUUUGGUGACAUUGCUGCUGUUCUGUGGUUUCUGGGAGGCUCACACACAGACAGAUGAUGGGAAGUCUGUCUACUUCUGGGAAACAGGUCCAUGGGGAAGAUGCAUGGGCAGUGACUGUGGCCCGGGUGGCAGCCAAAGCCGGGCAGUCUGGUGUGCCCAUGUGGAAGGCUGGACAACGCUUCACACCAACUGUGACCAGGGCCAGCGUCCUUCCAACCAGAGAAACUGUUUCCGUGUGUGUGACUGGCACAAGGACCUUUAUGACUGGCAACUGGGUGCCUGGAAUGUGUGCGUGCCAGUUUCAGCAAGGACCUUAUGGGCCUCACGGCCGUUCACAUGCAGUGGAGGCGAAGAGGGCAUUCAGACCCGGGAGGUGGGCUGCAUACUCAAAUCAGACGGGUCUCCAGCAGAGGAUGCCAUCUGUGAGUACUUUGAGCCCAAGCCUCGCCUGGAGCAGGCGUGUUUGAUCCCUUGCCCUCAGGAUUGUGUGGUUUCCGAGUAUUCUCCAUGGACGUCCUGCUCCAAAACGUGUGGAACAGGCCUCAGGAACAGGGUCCGUAGUGUCCUGGUUCCUCCACUUUUUGGAGGCGCGGUUUGUCCCAACCUAACUGAGUUCCAGUCUUGUAAACCAGGGCCUUGCACAGGUCCAGAGGGCAUGUACAGUCUCAGGGUUGGACCGUGGAGCCCUUGUGCCCUCCCACAGACUCGGACAGCACGCCAAGUUAAGCGCCGGAAAGGUAAAGGCCAGGGGCUCAGGGAGAGAGCAGGAGUCAAAGAUCCAGAGACUAGGGAGCUUAUCCAGAAGAAACGUACCCGGAACCGCCUUAACCGGCAAGAGAGUCCGUUCUGGGACAUCCAGGUGGGCCACCAGACUCGGGAUGUGACCUGCGUACACAGGAAUGGGAGUGCUAUGGGACGCAACCUGUGCAUACCGAGGGACCUGCCGCUGACCAUUCAGUCCUGUGUCCUCCCCAAGGACUGCCAGAUGACUGACUGGGCCGUGUGGGGCCCCUGUUCCAAAACCUGCGUGGACCCUGAGUCUCCCAUAGGCAAUCGCACUCGCAGCAGGAAGGUGAUCCAGUUCCCGGUGGGCGAGGGAGCGGAGUGCACGCCGCUGGAGGAGUCUGAGACGUGUGAACCUCAGGGUGAAGGUGUGCCGCCCUGCGCCACCUACACCUGGAGAAGCACAGAGUGGAGUGACUGCCGGGUUGACCCGUUGCUAAGCCAACAGGACCGUCGGCGUAGCAACCUGACAGGGCUCUGUGGGGGAGGCCUGCAGACCAGGGAAAUUUAUUGCGUCCAGGCCAACGCUGAGCUUCUAAAAUACCUCAACGACCUCAGAGAAAAAGACAAAGCAGGUCAGACCCAAAGCCAGCAGAAGCCUAGUGUCCCCCCUCUCCUCUCCAUCACCUUCCAGAUUACAGCCUCCCGCCCCGUGGAAAACAAGCUGUGCAAGGGUCCGAUCCCCAACAGGUCCCAGCUGUGCCAAAUCCCCUGUCCCAUCGACUGUGAGGUGUCGCCGUGGGGCGCCUGGGGCCCCUGCACCUUCGAAAACUGUGAUGACCAGGCUGGAAAGAAAGGUUUCAAACUGAGAAAACGACAGGUAACCAACGAGCCAACAGGAGGGCCUGGAAACUGCCCGCACCUGGUGGAGGCGGUGCCGUGUGACGAGCCCACUUGUUACAACUGGCAACUGGUCGACCUGGAUCAGUGUGUUCCUGACGAUGAGAAGCCGUGUGGCCCCGGCACUCGGCUCGCACAGGUCCAGUGUGUCAGCAGCAACGGAGAGGAGGUGGACAGGAAUCUCUGCACAUCUUAUCCAGCUCCAGAGCCUGUGCCGUGUGAAGUGCCUUGCUCAAGGGACUGCGUGCUCAGUGAUUGGACAACCUGGUCUACUUGCUCUCAGACCUGCUCCAGUAAGACCAUCGAGGGGAAGCAGAUGAGGACACGCUCCAUUCUGGCCUACAACGCCGGGGAAGUCACUGCGAUGGUUGUGUCGUGGAUCACAGUGAUGGAGGGUCUUUCACAGGUGCCAAAGUUUCCGGAACUUUUUGGUGGAGCCCUGUGCCCAAACAGCAGUGCCCUCCAGGAGGUACGGAACUGUAACGAACACGCCUGUACAGUUUACCACUGGCAGACGGGGCCUUGGGGCCCUUGUACCGAAGACCCCUCUGCCUCGACCCUCAACACCUCCAGCAGGGAUGGCCAGGGUCCCUGCUCCAUGGGAAUGCAAACUCGUAAGGUCAUCUGUGUCCGGGUCAACGUGGGACAGGUGCCACCCAAGAAGUGUCCAGACGGCCCUCGCCCCAGCACCGUGCGACCAUGUCAGCUGCCCUGCAAGAAAGACUGUAUCAUGACCCCUUUCAGCGACUGGACACCGUGUCCUGUUACUUGUGACGCAGCUGGUAACGCUGUGAAGUGUAAGCAAUCAAGGAAACGCCUCAUCAUCCAGCUGCCAUCCAACGGAGGACAGGACUGUCCAGAGGUGCUGGAGGAGGAGAGGGACUGUGAGGUCCCCAAAAUCUGUCCAGGAUUCAGGUGGAAAACCCACAAAUGGAGGAAGUGCCAGCUGGUCCCGUGGCUUCUCAGAAAGGAACGUCCCGGUGCGCAGGAGACCUGUGGACCAGGGCUCCAAACACGAGCUGUGUCCUGUCGCCAGCUGGACGGGACGCAGGCCGACGUCAGCGAGUGUCUGAAAUUCGGCAAAGCCAUGCCUGCCAUCACUCAGCGCUGUCAGCUCCCCUGCCAGGAUGACUGCCAGCUGACCAACUGGUCCAAGUUCUCAUCCUGCACAGCUGACUGUGUGGGGGUCCGCACCAGAAAGAGGGCUUUGAUAGGGAGGAGCAAGAAGAAAGACAAGUGCAAGAACACGCAAAUGUAUCCUUUGAGUGAGACCCAGUACUGCCCUUGUGACAAGUACAACGCCCAGCCAGUGGGGAACUGGUCAGACUGCAUCCUGCCCGAGGGAGGCAGAGUGGAGAGCAUCCUGGGGAUGAAGGUCCAGGGAGACAUCAAGGAGUGUGGACAGGGCUACCGCUACCAGGCCAUGGUGUGCUAUGACCAGGACAACAGGCUGGUGGAGACCUUGCGCUGCAACAGUCACGGUUAUAUUGAGGAGGCAUGCAUCAUCCCCUGUCCCUCAGACUGUAAACUCAGUGAAUGGUCCAACUGGUCACGCUGCAGCAAGUCCUGCGGCAGCGGGGUCAAAGUUCGCUCCAAAUGGCUCCGAGAGAAACCUUACAACGGUGGCCGGCCGUGUCCCAAACUGGACCACAUCAACCAGGCCCAGGUGUAUGAGGUGGUGCCGUGUCAGAGCGACUGUAAUCAGUAUGUGUGGGUGGCCGAGCCAUGGAGUGUGUGGAAAGUCAGCAACGUGGACUUAAAAGAGAACUGCGGCGAAGGCGUCCAGACCAGAAAAGUCAGGUGCAUGCUCAACACUAUAGACGGGCCGUCGGAGUCUGUGGAGGACUACCUGUGUGACCCGGAGGAGAUGCCCUUGGGGGCCAGGGAGAGCCGGCUGCCCUGCCCCGAGGACUGCGUCCUCAAUGACUGGGGCCCCUGGAGCCGCUGCAGCCUGCCAUGUACCAGAACCAACAAUCGAGUGCGGACGGCAUACACCCUCCGGUCGCCCACUGUAGGGAGGCAGUGUCCAGACACGACUGACAGGGAGCCUUGCAGCCUAAACCUCAACUGUUUCAACUACUUCUACAACAUCACAGACUGGAGUACAUGUCAGCUGAGUCCUAACGCGGUGUGCGGAAGCGGCAUCAAGACCCGGAUGCUCGACUGUGUUCGCAGCGACGGCAAAUCAGUCGAUAUAAAGUUCUGUGAGGAGUUGAAUUUGGAGAAAAGGUGGCAGAUGAACAUCUCCUGUGUGGUUGAGUGUCCCGUCAACUGUCAUCUGUCGGAGUGGUCGGCCUGGUCAGACUGUUCACAGACGUGCGGACUAGAAGGUAAGAUGUGGCGUCAGCGGUCAGUGGUCCAGGCCUCUCAGGGCGACGGCCGGCCCUGCCCUUCUCAGAUAGAGCAGUGGAAGCCCUGCCCUGUCCGACCCUGCUAUCGCUGGAAGUACAGCCCCUGGUCCGAAUGUCGGGUGGAGAGUGUGGUGUGUGGACAUGGCAUACGCUACAGAAACCUGUCCUGCUUUGUGUCGGACGGCUCCAGCAACGGUGAAGGCAGCUUGGUGGACGAGGAGCUGUGCAGCAGCCUGGAGCUGGCCAUCGAAGGAGACAAGCAGAUCAACCUGAAAGAGGCCUGUACACUUCCCUGCCCAGGUGAAUGCUACCUAAUGGAGUGGUCAGACUGGAGCUCAUGUGUGAGCGUGUGCAUCAAGGGGGCCGACAUGGACUUUGGUUCAGUUCAAGUUCGCUCACGAGCCGUGUUGGCCCAGGAGCCUGAAAACUUGCAGCUCUGUCCAGACCAGGCUUGGGAGUCUCAGCCCUGCACAGGGGGCGAAUGUUACGAUUACAAAUGGUUCAGCAACGUUCGUCUAAACUCCACUCACUCUACUAUCUGGUGUCAGCGCUCAGAUGGACUCAAUGUCACCGGAGGUUGUCCUGCUAUGAACCCUCCAGUGGACAACAGCUCCUGUGACCCUCCCUGUCUCAUGCCAAAGUCUUUCUGCAAUGAGGCUGGUAUGUGCAUGUGCGAGGAAGGAUUCACAGAGGUGCUGUCACCCACUGGGCAGCUGGACCAGUGCGCCCCCAUCCCGAUCCUGGAGAUCCCCACAGCGGGGGACAAGAAAGGGGAUGUGAAGACCAGUCGUGCCAUUAACCCCACCCAGCCCACCACCGUCCAGCCUGGACGCACUGGCCGGACCUGGUACCUGCAGCCCUACGGACCAGAUGGGAAGCUGAAGAUGUGGGUGUAUGGUGUAGCAGCCGGAGCCUUUGUGCUCCUCAUAUUCAUAGUGUCUAUGAUAUACCUAGCUUGCAGCUACUGUGCCAAGGUGCAUCGCUCUCUUAAGGCCCAAGAGUCUGACGCCAAUGGGACGGCGGUCUGGAUGGGCCAAAAUGCACAUGAGAUGAUUUACACCUGUCCCGAUUGCCAAGAGCUGGCUCAAAGCAGCAGCAGCUAAUGAGGAUGUGGAGGGCUUACCCCCCCUCAACACACCCUCCAGAAUAAGUACCUGCAGUCCUUGACCUUUCCCUGAGACCGCUCUCUAAAGUGUCACACGUCCUGCCUGACUAGCUGAGUGAAGGUGCUGGCGCAGCAAAAAGCCAAAGAGACCUCAGAGACAGAGGCAACAAAACAACCGACUAAAACCUCUGACUCUCGCCUACGACGGGGACACGGACAUGUAGUCCUCCGGGAGACGCUUCACCGAGCACUUCACCUGUCAUAGAGACCCACUUCAUCACGCCAUUACAGUGAGGGAUACGGAUGUUUGCAGCGUGAAUGGACACGUCACAGAGCGGAGAAAUUACAGAAAAUCCUCUUAGCAGAGACACUGGUGGAGUUUAACCAUGUCAAGUAGAACUCCAUUCACUCCCUUCUUUUGAAAAAAAAAAUGUUUUUAAGUAUUUUCUUUUGCAAGAGCCUUCGUGACUUCCGCCAUGAUCAAUGAAAUGCCUUUUUUUUUUUGCCCCCUACACAUCCAUAUUACGCUAAAGAAAAGAUUCAGAUACAGGAGAGUCUGGUGCAGAAGACAGACCCAGCUCUCAGUCUGCCUCUGAGCAUGGCAGCACAAGCUCCAACUCUUCCCCCGCGCUUUUCCGCUUGUCCCUAAAAAAUGCUGAGUAGCUCGAGGCUUAGGAUGCUCUGACGGUUCGUAUGUUGCCAAAAGUCACCGCAGGGAAGAGGAGGAGGGAGAGGAAAAUCUCCAUAAAGAGGUUUGGAUUCCUUUUUCUCAAUCCUCAAACUGGGUUUUGACUCAAAUCUCUCUUACAGUCGUGAACAAAAGUGAGGCAUAUUUUCUCUUCUUUUUUUGCUUGAUUUAGAGGCACACAGGCCUGUGUUUGUGGGAUAAACAGAUCUGUACGAUGCUGAUGGAGGAGUAGUCUGCAAUCAGUUGUUCAUGGAAACUACUGGCUGCCUGCCUCCACCCUUUCGUUGUUUCAGGCUCUACAUUGCACUAUAUUAGUGCAGCAUGAUAUGCAUAUGUGACUUCUACCUUCUAUUGCCAUAAAACACUGCCUCUCCCACAGACAAAACUAUAAAGCAGAGGAACAGCUACCGGAACGCGGAAACAUUCAAAGGAAAACGACGGCAACAGGAAAAGAUGCUUAGAUGUGUCACAUCCUACAAAACUGAUGUGACUCUCAAGUAAAUAUAUGUAUAGAUUUUAUUUCUCACAACAGAUUUUUUUGGUUGUAGUAAAGUACCUUUUGUGGUUUGUAGAUUUCGUCUGGUGUUAUCACUUUUAUUUCUGCCCAGAUGCAUUUAAAGAUUUAACUAUAAUAUCAACAGGUGACAUCUUUUAAUUAAUCACCUGCUUUAUAAUUCUUUUUAACCAUAAAAAUUCAGAUUCAAUUCAAAUUAUUAACUUUUUUACCUACAGUGCUACAUUGUGGGAAAGCAUUUAAAGUGAUUAAAGAAAAGAAAGAACAAUAAAUGUAAACCAUUCAUGUCAUGCAAAUGUCAUUUCUGCCUUACUGACGAUAACUGAAUACUAACAGUCCUGUAAUACAGUUUUUAUUACUUGAAUGGGGCACAUUAUACGCUACACUAAAUGUAGACAUAAAGAAGACUAACAUUUCUUUUGAGGUCACGUUUGCAAGGCAUACUUCAGAGUUUUUAAACUUUUUCAUGUAGUAAUCCGUAUCAUAGGAGCUCUAUCGUUUUUCAGUCACUACAUGAGGUGAAACAUAGUUAAAAAAAAAAACAAUCUGUACAAAGAAAUUAUACAACAUGUUAAUAAUAACAAUAACAAUAAUAAUAAGAACACGCUUCUGAGUUCAACGUAAAAGCAAACUGGUGUGGACAAUGUUUACUUUUUUGUUGUGGGAUUUGUAAAUAACAGGGAUUUUUUUAUUUUUUUGGAAAAAAAAAUAUUACAGUAUGUGUACAUUUAUUUUGUAUUGCACAGAAAAUGUUUAGUUUGAAUAUUGCAAAGUGUGUGUGUGAUAUUGCUGAUUGUUGUAAUCAUGAUGCAAGUUGUAUGCUAU